UUGGGGGUGGGGAGGGAGGAAGGCAGGAAGGAAGGCAGACGGCGUUCGCAGCGGCCUCUCAAUUACUAUCACCCUAGUCACGUGUUCGCCUUAUCUAUGCGAAUUUACCACUCAAUUAGAUACUAUCCUGACCAUAGUAGUCUUGACUACAAUGAAGGUGAAAAUCAAGAGCUGGCAUGGAGUUGCUUCCUGGCUCUGGGUUGCUAAUGAUGAGAACUGUGGCAUUUGUCGAAUGGCUUUUAAUGGAUGCUGUCCUGACUGUAAGGUGCCUGGAGAUGAUUGUCCUCUUGUGUGGGGACAGUGUUCACACUGUUUCCACAUGCACUGCAUACUGAAGUGGCUUAAUUCUCAACAAGUUCAACAGCACUGUCCAAUGUGCCGACAGGAAUGGAAGUUCAAAGAGUGACUCUGGCAAGAUUUCUCCCCCAGCUUCUUUUGGAUCUAGUAAUUUGCCAGAAUUACUAAUAUCAAUCAAGAAUCAAGGAGAAGAAAAUUGUUAUUAUAUAUUACAGUAUUUUCUCAAUGCCACCAUCCUACAUACAAUGGCCCAAUGUAUGGUACCACACCAGCUGAGCUCUCAAAAUCUAUAAAAUGCAAGGAAAGUGAUGACUAUGUUGGUAUGAAGGCAACAAGUAAGCAAACCUCCAGUUUCAAUUUUAGUAGUUGAUUGAAAUGAAAUAGGAUUAUUUGUGUAAAAUAGGUGUCUCAGUUGUAUUUUUAUUAAGACUAUUGUUUUAAAUGGUGUUGUAAAAUGUGUACUUUCAACUUCAGUGUAAAACACCCAAAUCUCACUUUUUUUGUAAUGUGUAUUACUGAUGCCUUGCUUAAGUAUACAAAUAAAAAUUAUUGACUUCUUGACUGUA